GCGCCGCGAACAUGACUUCUGCCUUCAAGCUGGAUUUCCUCCCGGACAUGAUGGUCGAGGGCCGUCUGCUAGUUGCAGACAGAAUUAACGGCACAGCCAACAAGAUGAACGGCGCUUUGGAUCACUCAGACCAACCAGACCCAGAUGCCAUUAAGAUGUUUGUCGGACAGAUCCCCCGGUCCUGGUCAGAAAAGGAGCUGAAAGAACUUUUUGAGCCUUACGGAGCCGUCUACCAGAUCAACGUCCUCCGGGACCGGAGUCAGAACCCUCCCCAGAGUAAAGGUUGUUGUUUCGUAACAUUUUAUACAAGAAAAGCUGCACUUGAGGCCCAGAAUGCACUGCACAAUAUUAAAACUUUACCUGGGAUGCAUCAUCCCAUUCAGAUGAAACCUGCAGAUAGUGAAAAAUCAAACGCCGUGGAAGACAGAAAAUUGUUCAUAGGAAUGGUUUCGAAGAAAUGUAACGAGAAUGAUAUCCGGGUGAUGUUUUCUCCGUUUGGCCAGAUAGAAGAAUGCCGGAUCCUCCGGGGGCCCGACGGGCUGAGCCGAGGCUGUGCGUUUGUCACAUUUUCUACAAGGGCAAUGGCACAGAAUGCAAUCAAAGCCAUGCACCAGUCCCAGACCAUGGAGGGCUGCUCUUCACCGAUCGUGGUGAAGUUCGCGGACACCCAGAAGGACAAGGAGCAAAGGCGCCUCCAGCAGCAGCUGGCGCAGCAGAUGCAGCAGCUCAACACUGCCACCUGGGGGAACCUGACGGGUCUGGGCGGCCUCACCCCGCAGUACCUGGCGCUUCUGCAGCAGGCCACCUCCUCCAGCAACCUGGGUGCAUUCAGUGGCAUUCAGCAGAUGGCGGGCAUGAAUGCUUUACAGUUACAGAACCUGGCCACGCUGGCGGCGGCUGCAGCCGCAGCCCAGACCUCAGCCACCACCACCAAUGCAAAUCCUCUGUCCACCACGAGCAGCGCCCUGGGAGCUCUCACCAGUCCCGUGGCGGCUUCAACCCCCAGCUCCACCGCUGGUGCAGCCAUGAACUCGCUGACCUCUCUCGGGACUCUGCAAGGACUGGCGGGAGCCACUGUCGGACUGAAUAACAUUAAUGCACUAGCAGUUGCUCAAAUGCUCUCAGGUAUGGCGGCUCUGAAUGGAGGACUUGGCGCCACGGGCUUGACGAAUGGCACGGCGGGCACCAUGGACGCCCUCACCCAGGCCUACUCAGGGAUCCAGCAGUACGCGGCCGCGGCGCUGCCCACGCUGUACAGCCAGAGCCUGCUACAGCAGCAGAGCGCCGCCGGCAGCCAGAAGGAAGGUCCAGAGGGUGCAAACCUCUUUAUUUACCACCUUCCACAGGAGUUUGGAGACCAGGACAUCCUGCAGAUGUUCAUGCCUUUUGGAAAUGUUAUCUCUGCUAAAGUCUUCAUUGACAAACAGACCAAUCUGAGCAAGUGCUUUGGUUUUGUUAGCUACGACAAUCCCGUGUCUGCGCAAGCUGCUAUCCAGGCUAUGAAUGGCUUUCAGAUUGGCAUGAAACGCUUGAAGGUCCAGCUGAAGCGCUCCAAAAACGACAGCAAACCUUACUGAUCCUCCCCCCAGAGGCUCCCUGCUCUUAUUUUAGCUUUCUUAGGACAUCUUCAUGCCCGUUAGUUCACCGUUUGCCUAGCAUGUCCCUGUGGCGUCUCAAAAAAGUUUCAUCGUCCCGUCAUUGUUUCUGAUGUCUUUCUGACCUCACAUCAUAUUUGGUUCUCCUACUGACCUUUGAUCUAGUUUGACCUUUGAAAUUUGCAUGUGACCUCAUCUAGCUAUGAAUUCUGGGAAGUCAAUGUGAAAAACAUUGCUGCAUUCAUGCAAGACUGAAAUUUAUUAUUAGACAAAUUAAUUAUAGAAAAAAA